GGCUGCCCGCUGUUGCCAGCCCUGUACAUUCUAUAUGUGGAACAUUUACAUGAUAUGAUUAGAGAUAAUCCUGUCAUCAAAGGCCUCCCUAUGCCAGACGGACAACAACUUAAAUCGGGAGCAUUCGCGGACGACACAGCCGCAGUAACAGAGACCACACAAUCGAGUGUGGAUGCCAUAAAGCAUGAGGUUGUGGUCUUCGAACAGUUCGCAGGAGCCAGAAUCAAUUGGAGCAAAUCCAUCGCACUGACACCCCCCGGGGCGGAUACGUCACCACUUCGGGGCAUGAUGGUGCAAGAGGAGAAUCGACAAACCAAGUACCUAUGUAUCCUCCUGCCGGGGGCACUCACCACGGGAGAACAGAUGGAAGAGUUACUACAUGAAGCAGUGAGAAAGAUGACGGACUGGUCAAAGGGUGCUUCGUUGGGGAUAAUGGGAAGGAUCCUUGUUGCAAAUAAUGCAGUCUCCUCAACACUAUGGUAUGUGAGGGCGGUGUCAUCACCAAGCAAGAAGCCGUGGAAAGAUUAUAAGAUAGCACUGCGUCGCUUCAUAUGGAGGAAUGAUCCGCAGGCACAUCACCUCAUAUAUCGAGUGCGAUGGGAAAAACUGACACAACCACGUAGCAAAGGUGGGUUGGGUCUUCUCACCGCUCUCCACAUGAGGACAAUACUGUGGCUGUUGUUGGAAGAUGACAAAGAACCAUGGAAAAUGCUUACUAUUCAGCUUAUGGCAGAAGCCAUCCGAGUUCACCCCGCAGAUGUGGAUAUCGCUCUCCUUCACCCUAAACCUUUGAGGGGUCUCAAGAAAGAUGCCCUCUGGACGGCCACAUUGGAGAAAUGGAGAGAACAACCACUGCAGCAGGCCGCCCCGCGUUCCUGCGACCAUAUCUUGCAGCAGACACUAUUCGGGAAUAGACUCAUCAUCUCAACACAAGGCCAGGCAACCACUGUACAAACAACAUAUGCUGCAGCUACAGUGAGGGCGGCUUUGUGGGCGGCAGCAUGGGCAAUGAGGAUACGGGAACUGCGCACUGGCAAGACAGGCUCAUUCCACACACGCCGAGCCUGGAUGAUCAGGAAUCUAAAGGUCUCACUGAUGACGGAUGUCGCCCGCAGAAAGAAUGGAGGUUGGCGCUUUCUGCAAAAUGCUUGGGCCGCAUACGGAGGGGUGGUGGAAAUAGGCACCGAAGUAGGGGAGUGGCGCUGGAAAAUGCAGUUGGAGGAAGAGGCCAUGCAAACCGACCCGGAUGAUGAUGUAUGUCCUCCUGCAAUGGACAAUCAGUCGACAGAGUUAUCGGAGGACGACAGUCGACAACACACACAGAAAGACCUGUUCAGGGACCGGCCAGACAUUGAGACGGCACUGCAUCCGAGACACCUGCAGGACGAGGUUCAACCCACGAACUGCCAACAACAGAGUAAUGAAAGUGACCAAGGCAACAUUGACGAAGUCAUUGCAAGACUCCCGGAAGACGUGCUGGACAGCCUGGGGACACCGGAGUACGAUUUCUCGGAAGAUGUCACAGACAGCUACUGAUCUGCAGUCUCUAACCUAAUCAGGAACCUUUUAUCUAAGGAAGAAGCUGAUGAGAGAGAGUUUAGAUUUAUAAUCAAUCAAGCUGAACUCUCUCCUGUAAGGGAGAUAUUCUCAUCAACUAUCAGGGAGGUUGGGAAGUGUAAGGUUGUCGAGAAUGAGAUAAAAGCACUGCAGUUCAUCUUCGAUCAGCCCCCUUGGCCAAGGCACCUUGAUAUCCUGAUCAGAGUCAGGCAGAUUGAGCUGAAUUUCAAACACGGCGAUAGGGGCAAGACGCACGCUGCAGCUUUUAAGAACGCAUUGACCAACCUUGCCAAAAAGCUCUGCGACAAAAGGUUUCCGCUAGAAGUCAAGCAAUUGCUUAAGAUCCAUGAGUUAGAGACAUCUAGGCUGGGUCUGGAUGAAAUCAACCAGGAAUGGGAUGACCAAGAUGUCAAGGCAGCCUCGUCACGAGGAGGGCUUCCUUUGCUGCUGCUUGUCGUUGUGGUCUUUCAUAUCUGCGUCCUCGGUCGCGUCCCUGGGAGGAAACAGACGCGGCGAACACCGAAGACGGCCAGGAAGAUGGAAAAGCUACAGACGAAAACCACGCUGUCCGUAGGGGCUGGAGGGUCGUCACGUCAGCGUUGCAGCACUGCGGAAGGCGGCAGGCGGCCGUACGACCCAACGCUGUACAGCCACCUGCCGUCCCACGAGAUUUCGUUGCCUCCGAGUGACGACGACGAUGACGACCCUCGAUCAUCAACGGUUCCUCUGGGCAGCGGUUCGACGCAGGAUUGGAUGGGGAGCCAGUUGUACAGACAGGCCUCUACGUCGACGUACAUUGGUCUGCUGGAGGGGCGGACCCCGGUUGGUUAUGACGCAAGGCUUGUAGAUCUCAGCUUCGGUUUGAGGUCUAGGAGUGGCCAGGACGUCACGCACACCGUUCUCGUGAACCCGGCUUCUGGCACGAGCCACACAACGUCUUCGGUGGGGCCGUCGGGCCUUUCGGACACCCGCGCCCGGAGUUCUGGUCAGUCGGACGACGAACGUGGACUCCUUUCACGAGGGCGGGGGGCAGUGGGCACAGCAGGUGUGGGCGCGGCGACGACGAGGACAAGUGGAUCGACGACGCCAGCCGGCACAAUCGACCGACGACGGGAUGACGAUGAGGGCUCCGCUGCGGAGGUCGUGGGGCGAAAGCUUUGGGAUGGGCGACAAUCGCGUCAAUCGAGCACGUCCGGCAUAACGAGAGGGGUGGUGAAGAUUAAUGUAGGGGCGAACGAUAUAGUCGGCGAUUGCGAUGGUGCAGCGGGUGAAGAUUGCUCCACAGGCGACGGGAGCAAUGACAACGACGAGGACGACAACGGGGAGAUGAAGAUUCGUCCGGUAGGGAAGAAACGGGGAGGGCCAAGGACCACAAACAAGUUAACUGAGCCGCGCGUGGGGCGGAGAGGCAAGAAGAGUGCGGGAGAUGCGUCGGCAGGCGAGGGGGCAAAAAGCAGGGAUUUUUGGACCGUGGAACACAUGAUUGCUCUGAUCCGAGCUAAAAGAGACCAGGAUUUACAUCUGGCAGGCCUCGGCCACAACAUCGGGAGGAUGAAGACGAAGACAUGGAAGUGGGCUGACGUCGAGAAGAGGCUCGUGCAGAUGGGGGUGACGAGUAGAAAGGCCGAGGACUGCGAGAAAAAAUGCGACAACCUGUACAUGCAGUUCAAAAUCGUGCACAAGUUCAUGGGAGAAUCGGGGAAGCCUGAUUUCUUCACUCUAUCGCUGACGAACACUGGCUGCGGGGGGCGGUGAAUCCCCAGGUCCACUCGGCGCCUCACCCCGUUCGCGUCGACCUCCCACAACAAAUUCUCGUCGAACUC